AUGGCGUAUUAUAAUGAAUCAGAUAUUGUUGAAAUUCGAUGUACACCAGAUAAUCCAUAUGCUCUUUCGGGUAUUUUAAAUACAAAAAAAGUUCGUUUCGAUAUUGAAACAAAAAGUAAAAGCGAAAAAAACAAACGAACACCACUUAAUAUAGUACUUAUUCUUGAUCGAUCUGGUUCAAUGCAAAGUGAUAAUAAAUUCAUCUUUGCAAAGAAAGCUGUCAUUUCCGUUCUUAGUCUUCUUCAUGAUGAUGAUGUAGUUCAUCUUGUUGCAUAUGAUUCAGAUAUAUCGAUUGUUUUUGAAAAUGCACGUGCAUCUACUCGUCAACAUCUUUAUCCUGUUGUCGAAAAUCUUACAACUGCUGGUUCAACAAAUAUGUCCGGCGCUAUUGAAGCAGGUGCAAAUCUUCUCAAUAAAUAUGUCUAUGAGGGAUUUUCACGUCGUAUGUUUCUUUUUUCGGAUGGACAAGCAAAUGUUGGAAUGAAAACACGAGCUGAAUUAACAGGUCUUGUUGCUGGAUUUAAUAAUAAUGGAAUUAUAACAGAUUCAUUUGGUAUUGGUGCUGAUUUUGAUGCAGAAAUUAUGAAAGGUAUUGCUGAUGCUGGUGGAUCAAGAUUCUUCUUUCUUGAAUCAGCUCAAGUCAUUGAACCACUUGUUACUAAAGCUAUUAUAAGUGUAUUUGGUGUAUGUGGUUCACAAACCCGUCUUAUUGUACGUGGCAAAAAUGGAGCUAUUGUUACAAAGAUUUGGGGUCAUAAUGAUCUUGCUGCGGGCGCAAGUCUUGGUGAUCUUCAUGCAAAUAAUCUACGAUCAGUUCUUUGUGAGUUUACAAUUGGUGGUUCAGGUAAUAAUGAUGGACAAGAAGUUGAAACACUUACAUAUGAAUUACGAUUUAUGCAACCAAAUGAUCCUAAUGGAGAGCCUACUGUUAUCAAAAAUACUUUAUCAUUAAAAUUCGUCGAAGAUGAAUCACUUAUUAUGGAAGUUGAUCCUCGUGUUAAAACAAUGUUUGCUACUCAAACAGCUGCUGAUAUGGAUACAAAAAUUGCACAAUUAGUAAAAGACGGCAAAAGAAAAGAAGCUACUGAGCUUGUAAAGGAACAAUUAAAAAUAUUAAAAGAUGUCGAACAAUUUGAUGAUCAACGUGGAAUGAUUGCAUUAUUAAUUCGAUUAGCUGAAAAUAUGUCGAAUAAACUUCAAGAUGAAGAUGUUGAUGAUAAUCUUGCUUAUCAAGGAUAUGCACAUCAAAGUUAUUUGAAACGACAAUGUUCUGUAGAAUGUCUAGCAUUAUAUGAUGACUAA